AUGGCUGAACAACUUUUAAAUACCUCACCAGGCAAAAUCACAUCGCACCUCACAUUAUCUCUGCUGGCUGUGGCUUUCCUCACCUCAUUUGGUAGCUCUAUGCUGUAUGGCUAUAAUCUGGCUGUGGUGAACUCUCCUGCAGGGUACAUUAAGAACUUUUAUAACCGUACUGUUGUGAAUCGAAAUGGAACUGGGCUGAAUGGAGAGCAGCUGACGCUUAUGUACUCACUCACUGUGUCUGUCUUCGCCAUUGGAGGCCUGAUCGGCUCCUUGAUGGUGGGCAUGCUCGUCACCAGAUUUGGAAGGAAAGGGACUGUGGUCAACUCUACUGUACUGGUCUUCGUAGCAGGCACCCUAAUGGGCUUCAGUAGAAUCUGUCAUUCACCCGAAAUGGUUAUUUUUGGUCGCUUCAUCACAGGAAUACAUUCAGGGAUCUCUCUGAGUGUGGUGCCCAUGUAUCUAGGGGAAAUUGCUCCUAAAAACCUGAGAGGCUUUUUAGGCCUCAUGCCCAGCAUAUUUAUCUGCAUUGGGGUUUUCUCUGCUCAGCUCCUGGGCCUGCAUGAACUCCUUGGAAAAGAGGAACACUGGCCACUAUUUCUCUCCUUGGUGGUGGUCCCAACAUUUGUCCAGCUGAUGUUGUUGCCAUGGUUUCCAGAAAGCCCUCGUUAUUUGUUGAUUGAAAAGCAGAACAUCCAUGCCACCAUCACAGCUCUGAAGUGGUACAGGGCCAGAUGUAAUAUUCAGGCUGAGAUUGAGGAAAUGCAGGAGGAGCAGCGCUCCCUGUUCACCAUCAAGACUGUGUCUGUCUGGCAGCUACUGCUGGACCCAACAGUCCGCUGGCAGGUCCUCUCGGUGAUCGUCAUUAACAUCGGGAUGCAGCUGUCUGGUAUAGAUGCAAUCUGGUUCUACACCAAUGACAUUUUUGAGAAUGCUGGGAUACCAGCCCCUGAGAUCCCAUACACCACUGUAGGAACAGGAGCCAUAGAGAUCAUCGCAGGUCUCCUAGGGUGUUUCACAAUUGAGCGGCUCGGAAGAAGGCCACUGAUAAUUGGAGGUUUUGUAGUCAUGGGCCUCUGUUGUGCUGGGAUAACAUUUUCUCUUGUACUGCAGACACAUGUGCAUUUCAUGAAGUACGUGAGUGUGGGCUGUGUGGUUGGCAUCAUUGCUGGAUUUUGUAUAGGACCAGCUGGUGUCCCGUUCCUGAUCACAGCAGAACUGUUUAAACAGUCCCAUCGUCCUGCUGCUUAUACUGUGGGAGGCUCUUUAAACUGGAUUUCCAAUUUCACUAUUGGUUUCAUCUUCCCUUUCCUACAGAUGUUGGCAGGGUCCUACUGCUACCUGGUGUUCAGUGGUGUGUGCUUGGUAGUAGCUGUUUAUGUGUUCUUCGUCAUUCCUGAGACGAAGAACAAGACGUUUAUGGAGAUCAGUCAGAUGUUUGCCACUAAAGAGGCGGUGGUAGAGAGCCAGGCCCUCAGUCAGCCAGAUCAGCUUAAACUGAAGAAGAUGAAUGGAUAUGGAACGCUAGAAAAUGGCUCACUUGAAUUCGACAGCUCCUCCUCUGGUCCCUGA